UCAUCAAAAAAUAGUUCGCGAAAAAACCACAGACAUGCUACAGAAUGACUGGACACAGAAUGAACACGCCGCAGAAUGAACACGUAUUGGCCAAGUAUAACUAGUAUCAGUUGUGAGCAUCUACUGUGGUCGUCGCAGUCUAAACUCUACGCAUCCGCCUCGUCUGUUAUGACUGCCGAGGGGAGGGCGGCCGCAGGCUUCCAAGGGUGUUUCAGACAGAAGAUGAGGUUUGCUGUCAAAUCGCUGCGAUUGUUAGUCGUGGAACGGUGGUGUGUACUUCAUGCGUGGAAUCUUUAUAAAGAGCAACAACUGCAGGCGUACGUGGCUUGGGUCAACUCACAGCUAAAGAAGAGACAAGGAUGUCGUAUGGUGGAGGAUCUAAGACGAGAUAUGCAAGAUGGCGUCCCACUGGUUCAUCUCGUUGAGAUAGUCUCUGGUGAGACGUUGGCCAGGGUGGACUACAGCCCUCAAACAACCACCGCCAUGAGAGAGAAUGUAGAACGAGUGCUUCAGUUUAUGGCCUCUAAGAGGAUCAGAAUGCACCAUACCUCAGCAAAAGAUAUCGUAGACGGGAACCUCAAGGCCAUCAUGAGGCUGAUCCUCGCCCUGGCGGCUCACUACAAGCCGAGCAGCGUCAAGCAGACACCUCAAGCCGCCUCUGCCUCCAACCCGACCGGGCGUAAGGCGCAGCGGCAAGCUUCCUUUGCUGCGAUGGCGGCCAACGCAGCCGCCGCGAUACACGAUGUGAGGAAAGAGGCGGCCGGGGCGGGGUCGUCGCUACGGAGGUACAGGGAACAAAGAGGCAUGGGCCAGCGUAGCCGUAACACCAGCUCUUCCCCUGCUAAAGAACCGAUCCAACAGAAGUUGAGGGCUAGCUCAAGCUCCGAUAGUGAGCGACCGACUGCAGCCCCGAGCCCCCUCCCGGCAUCAUUGAUUACCCCUCAUCCCUCCAGCCCGACGCCUAGUACCUUGACUCGUUCCAGUGACCACUCUGGGACCAGUAGCCCAAGGCUGCCGGCUAUUAGUGCCAUGGGGCACAUGUCGGACUCAGAUCAAGGAAGUCCAGAAGAGGGGAGGUCAAGGUCAAGUUCUCGGAGGUCGUCCAUCGCGUGGAGCGAGGCGCUGCUAGAGGAGCAUAAUGAGAUGACGGGAGACAUCGAGCAUACUAAGAAACUCUUGAGUCAGCUUCAAGAAUUGUUACUGAGUGGUAGACUCCAAGAAGAAGAUGGGAGUUCCGAGGCCGAGGAAGACCAGAUGAUGUUUGAGGGGUCAAAUGCCAAGGAGCAACUGGUUGUCAUACAAGCGAGACUAAACCAGCGACAGGAGGAAUGCAAUCAGCUCAGGAGUGAACUCACUAAGGUCAAACAGGAUUGCCGUAAUCUUCAAGGAACAAAGGCUGGUCUCCAAUCAAGGCUGACGGAGCAGGAUAAUGCUUUGCUUCAGAUGAAGGCGGAGUUACUCCGAGUUGGAUUCACUCAACAAACACAAGAUGCAGAAAAGUCUGAUCUGAAAAGACGUCUUGAAGAGAAAGAGCGAAUGAUCUCAGACCUCUCAAGACAGAUGAGCCAGAAGGUUGACCUCCUCAAACAGCAACAGGAACAGAUUGAGAACCUAACCCAGCAGCUACAAGAACUCAACUCAUUCAAGACUGAGUUGCAGAAUCAGCUUGAGAAUAAAUCCAAUUCCUCUGACUACGGACUGCAGAGUCAACUACAAGAAUUGACACAGAGACUGGACAAUGUCAGCAUGGCAGAGGUGAAUCUAGCGGCUCAUAUAACAUCUCAAGACGGUCAGCUUACAACGCUUGAAGAACGAAUGCACAGUGACACUACGCUUCCAUUUAAAGAGGGCUCAGAUGAUUUGCAGACAAUGCGAAGCGCCCUCAGAAGUUUGAGAUCCAACAUGAGUAGCCAUGACCCAAACCACCAUUCCUUAGACUCAUUAGAACAGGGUAUAUGUUCAUUAAUGGACCAUUUAGCUACAUCACAACACCACGGUAUACGCAAAGACAGUGAUACAAGUUCAACUGAGAGUUUAUCAAGACACUACUCAACAGACAGUAACUCACAAGAACUCAACCAUCGCUCAUCUCAUCAACACUCAAACUACGGUAAAUCGAGAGGUACAUCAAUGUCAUCUACUAACAGUAAUCCAGCAGCAUGUACAAAGGUUUUAUACUUCACAGAGAGAACGGUAACGCCAUUCAUGAACUCCAUUCCUAAAAGACUUGGUGAAGUAACGUUACAUGACUUCAAACAGAUCUUCGAUCGUGAGGGUGACUACCGGUAUCACUUCAAGGCCUUAGAUCCUGAGUUUGGAACAAUCAAAGAAGAGGUAGUUGAUGAUGAUGCCAUCCUCCCUGGUUGGGAAGGCAAGAUUGUAGGCUGGGUGGAGCAGGACAACGGCUAGCCCAGGGGGAGGUUGCAUACUAAAAAGCACAGCCUAUACAACAUAAUUUCCUUCAUUAUUUCCAAAGGUUAUUUGUGUCUUUGUUUAAAAAACUACAUUUUUAUUGAAGUCUCUUAACUUUUUAUGGAAGUCUCUAAAAGUUUGUACAUUUAAUUCAUGUUUUUUUGUUUUUUUUUAACUGAAAUUUUGUUUGUGCAACCUUUUUAAAGAAGAUAUCAGUGAUGAAUAAUUUCUGCGCUAGGUGGUGCUUGGCUCAAAUUUCAAUAAACUGCUAAGUGAGAAACUAUUGCUAAAUAGAUUUACUAUAGCGAGGUACCAGGCUCAAGCAGUAUACACAACAUCUUGGAUGGUAACCAAAUAAAUAAGCGUCAGAAUCCAUAACCACGCUAAUCGUCAACAAAAAAGUUUCGUCAAGUCUUAAAUGCCCCUCUCCCACCCGUAAAAUGUAACUAAAUUCUUCUAAACUUCUGGACGUCCGUAUUCAUUUUUUAAUUGCAAUAUGAUGAUGAAAUUACUAAUUGUCAACCCACCAACUUGAUACUUUAUUCAAAGGUUUAUUUAGGGAAUAAAAGGGUAGUGACGAGUUCUUAAACUGCCGUUUAAAACCGGCAGGGUCGUGGCCAUGCGAUAAAGGCCCAAGCUCUGUUGGUGUGGUGCAAUUUUACGACUGCGACAGUUUUCGGCUAUGCAUUCGUGCGCGUAGUAUGCAUCUAAACAAAUCCGAAAACAACCGGUUAUAAACAGCUCCA